CUUUAAUUAGUAGUAAAUGGCAAGUUGGUUACAGAUAAGCCAAUCAAAGACCACUCAACAGUAAUGCCAAAAGUGUCUGGUUAUUUAAAUUCAACUCCCUUCUUUCAUUUCUGUUCACAAAUUUCCUUUUCUUUCUUUCCAUUUCCAUACAUUAAAUAAAAUAAAUAAAUAAAUAAAAAUGGCUUGGAAUAUUUGGAUAACUGCACUAACAGCAAUCACAAUCCUGUAUCUCAUCCAACAAUGUCUAAACCUAGCAAACAAGAAGAAGAAGAAGAAGCUUCCUCCAGGCCCGAUCGGGCUUCCGAUCAUCGGCCACUUCCACUUACUAGGCAAAAACCCCCACCAAGACUUGCACCGCUUGGCCCGCAAGCACGGCCCGAUCAUGCACAUGCGCUUCGGCUCGGUCGACACAAUCAUAGUCUCGUCGCCCGCCGCAGCCGAGCUCUUCCUCAAAACCCACGACCUCGUCUUCGCUAACCGGCCCCACCACGAGGCCUCCACCUACAUAGGCUACGAGCAGAGGAACAUCGUAUUCGGGCCGUACGGCCCGUACUGGCGAAACAUGCGCAAGCUCGUCACGCUUGAACUAUUAAGCGGUUCGAAGAUCAACCAGUUUCAGCCCAUGAGGAAGGCGGAGCUCGGGCUUUUUGUCGACUCGCUAAAACGGGCCGGGCCGGGCCGAGAGCCCGUCGACAUGAGCGAGAGAAUUAUGUCGUUGGCGGCGGAUAUGACUUGUUUGAUGGUUUACGGGAGGAAGUUCGCGGGCAAGGAUUUGGACGAGAGAGGGUUUAAGGAAGUGAUGAAGAUGACGAUGGAGGAGGCCGCGGCGUUUAAUAUCGGAGACUAUUUUCCGUAUCUUAGGGGGCUCGAUCUUCAGGGCUCGGCCCGAAGGUUGAAGAAAUUGAGCAAGAUUUUUGACGGGUUUUUGGAGAGGAUUAUCGAUGAUCAUGCUCCGAAGAAGGAAGAGAGGAAGGAGAUCAGUAUGGAUUUUGUGGACACGUUGAUGUCGAUUAUGGAGUCGGGCGAAGCUGGAUUCGACUUCGAUCGCCGCCAUGUCAAGGCUGUGCUAUUGGAUAUGCUACUAGCAGGAAUGGAUACUUCGGCAGCGGCGGUGGAAUGGGCGCUGUCGGAUCUCGUCAAGAAUCCGACGGUCAUGAAAAAACUCCAAAAAGAGCUAGAAGAAAUAGUCGGCAUGGACCAAAUGGUGGAGGAAUCACAUCUCCCCAACCUCAAAUACCUCGAUUACGUCGUCCGAGAAUCGAUGAGGAUCCAUCCAGUUGGGCCGUUGCUAAUCCAUGAAUCGAUGGAAGACUGCGAAGUCGACGGUUUCCACAUACCGAAGAAAACACGAGUCCUCAUCAACGUGUGGGCAAUAGGGAGAGAUCCUAAUGCAUGGGCCCAUCCGGAGAAAUUUUGGCCCGAGAGGUUUGUUGAAAGCCCGAAUGUGGAUCUUCGGGGACGAGACUAUCAGCUUAUACCGUUCGGGACUGGAAGAAGGGGGUGCCCGGGAUUGCAAUUAGGGCUCACAAUUGUGCAAUUAAUUGUCGCGCAAUUGGUUCAUUGCUUCGAUUGGGAACUUCCUCACGGUGUUUCGGCUAGUGAAUUGGAUAUGUCCGAGAAUUUCGGUUUGGUGACGUCUAGAGCUAAGCAUCUAAUGGUCAUUCCCACUUAUAGAUUGAACAAAUAACCGUGGAUGUUGGUUUCUCGUUUAAGUUUCGUUUGGUUGGUAAGAUAAGUCAGCUUUCAAAAAAUAAUGUUGUAAUAAAAUUCAGCUUACGUACCGAUGGGAAUUUUAUUUUUCCGUUUGUAUUGUUACGUUGGUAAAUUUUUAUCGGUGAUCGUUUCGAAUCAAUAUGUAUAGGAAAAAAUCUUCUUGAACACAA